CCCCAAAAGCUGUGAUCACAUGACUAGUGAUUGUUAUGAAAUGAAAUGAUGGCAAACAUUUGUGGCAAACGAUUCGCCCGACUAUUCACUCAAUUAGAGGCCAAAGCGUGGCCUUUGAGGCCAAACACUGUCGGCAAACAAGUGUCGCGAAAGAGUCACGGACGCUGGUUAUCGUGA